CUUCCGGUUCUGUGCGACGGAAGUGACGCGCUGCUGCACGCCGAGCUCCGAGCUGAGGGCAAGAUGAUCUUAGUUUUGUGUCCUCGGUCGGCCCGGGCUGCUCGUGCGUUGAGGCUUGUGGGCUGGGCUUCGCGAAGCCUACAUCUACCGCCUAGUGGCCCGGCUCGGGGCCAGCCUCCGGUUGAGGAGGAGGAAGACCACGACCGCCCCAUUCAGUUUUCCUCCAGCAAAGCCAACCCUUCUCGCUGGUCGGUUCAACAUUCUCUUGGAAAGGGGGAACAGCGGCCCUGGUGGAAAGUGCUGCCCCUCAGCUUCUCUCUUAUGGCAGUGGUCAUCUGGUGCUACCUCCGAGAGGAAAGCCAAGUAGACGAGUGGUUGAGACAAGUUUUGGGAGAAGUACCGGAGCCCAGUGAUCGUCCUGAGGAACCUGAAACUCCUGCUGCUUUGGGGGCGAGAACUUAACAGGGGGUCUGCUGGGGCUAGCAGGAAGGCAACACCAGUCGCCCGUCAAGAUUAUUUGACGUUACGUUUGAUGCUUUGUGCCCUGGUUAUGUUCAUGUCUUCCGUCCGAAAAGACUCAGUUGAUGCUCUUGGCACUGACGUACGUGAAAGCAGAGCAGAAAAUUAGCAGCUGGUAAUUUGCUCCUUGCCCGACAUCAGUGUCCCAACAGUACAGUUUUCAAAGCCAUAGAAUAGGCUUUGUCUGCACCGGAUGUUGUUGAAUUUGUGAUGUCUUUGUACAGCCUAAUCAUGUUUCCAAGGCAGUUCUGGCAACAUUUGUAAUCCAAUGUUAAUUUACCUUAUUGCUUUUUUUUUUUUUUUUUGGUAUUGGGAAUCGAACUCAGGACCUUGUACUUGCCAGUCAGGCGCUGUACCCCUGAGCUACAUUCCUGGACCCAAGCAUUUGUUUUCCAAGAUAGUAACUGACAAAGGCUUUAAACUUUAUAAUGUACCGUGUUGACUAUAAAUAACAGUUGAUGUUACUUUUGCAUAGUAACUGGAAAUAUAUUUUGGUGAGGUCGAAGGUGA